GCAAGCAAGGAAGGAAACGGGCAAGCAAGCGGGGACCAGUCGGCACUUGGAAUAAACAUCGUCGCCGUGUUACUGCCCUCUGUCCAUCUUUAUUAUUAGCGCUUCGCUCCGCCCUCCUACCUGUAAAUCUCCCCGCUCUCCUCUGGAGCGGAUCUGACAGGCGCUCUCAGCUGGCCGCUCCGUGCCAGGGCUGCAGGGGACCGAAUGGAGACAGCGACAUCCACCCGAGCGCCACAGCUUUCCCUUUACGCAGAACCGACAACGCCAAACGCCCGCAAGAAUAUGUAGUGAGCGGCGCCGCAGCGACAGCUCGACAACUGUAGAAUUCAAGCAUAUACCCGUGUUGUUGUUGGGGCUUUAUUUUUCCCCCCCUUUUUCUCGCUUUGUUGCAAAUAGUCGAUUGGAAGAAAUCGAUUCUCCGCCUGCUAAUCGACAGGAUCCCUGAAUGGAAGACGGCUAGAGAGAGGGGUCGCCUCGCGGAAGACAGGCUGCAACAAUCUUUCCUCUCUCUAGCUUCUUUUUGUUGUGUUUUUUUCUCUUUUUUUAGGCUUCCAGUGUCGUUGUGUUUACAUUCGCCGAAAUCUCACUGGCAGCCUUCGACGGCUGCACACGACGCCGUCUCUACCAUGGCAUAUGGCGAGAAAGAGCCAGAGAAGCCCCAGAGAACGAGAAGCGCCUAAAGAUUCGUCAUUCUUGCGGAUUUAAAUGCCUCUCUCCAAGGGCCACCGACCCGCUAUUUCGGUCAGGUUCGCGUGUGCGCUGUCUCACGCUGUCAAACAAUUCAUAGCCUUCUGAAAAAAACAAACAAACAAACAAAAAAACCCCGACAGACCCUGAACAUUAAUCUACAACAGAAACAAAAAGAAAAGACGGGGGAUUUUUGUUAUUAUUAUUAUUAUUAUUAUUAUUAUUUUAUUUUUCUGUGUGUGUUUUUUCCCAAGCAAUAUGGCUGGUGAGUGGGGCUGGGGACGCUGGCACAGGCUCUCCAAGGCUCCUAAAUGCUAGCUGAGGCAGAUGGCACGGUUCCCCAUGGAAGCGACAGCUCUAUGAGGACAAGCAAUAUCAAUAAUAAUAUAAAUCCGGACUCUUCAAUCGUAAUAUCCAAGAUGGAAGACGUUGUCAUCCCGUUCUCGUCCGACGUGCCAUGCGACAAUAAUGGACAGCGCAUGUGGUGGGCAUUCCUCGCCUCCUCCAUGGUGACGUUUUUUGGGGGUCUCUUCAUCAUCCUGCUAUGGAGAACCCUCAAAUAUAUGUGGACUGUUUGCUGCCACUGCAACAUUAAAAACAAGGAGGCUCAGAAGGUGAACAACCCAGCUAACAAUCAGCCAGCAGACAGGGCAUUAAAGGGUCCUGAUGAGAAGGAGGAGGCACCAGCCAGCGAAGUGGGAUGGAUGACUUCAGUCAAAGACUGGGCCGGUGUCAUGAUCUCUGCUCAGACGCUCACUGGCAGAGUUCUGGUGGUGUUAGUCUUUGCACUCAGCAUUGGGGCCCUUGGAAUAUACUUUAUAGACUCUUCAGAUCCUAUAGAAUCCUGCCAGAACUUCUACAAAGAUUUCACGUUACAGAUCGAUAUGGCCUUCAACGUCUUCUUCCUUCUUUACUUUGGCCUGCGGUUUAUAGCAGCCAAUGACAAGCUGUGGUUCUGGCUGGAGGUCAACUCCGUGGUCGACUUCUUCACUGUUCCUCCUGUGUUUGUGUCUGUCUACUUAAACAGAAGCUGGCUCGGUUUAAGAUUCCUGAGAGCGCUAAGAUUGAUACAGUUCUCAGAAAUUUUACAAUUCUUGAAUAUCUUGAAAACAAGCAAUUCCAUCAAGCUGGUGAACCUGUGUUCCAUCUUCAUAAGCACAUGGCUCACAGCUGCUGGAUUCAUACAUUUGGUGGAAAACUCAGGGGAUCCUUGGGAAAACUUCCAAAAUUCCCAGUCGCUAUCCUAUUGGGAGUGUGUCUACUUGCUGAUGGUGACAAUGUCUACAGUAGGCUACGGGGAUGUCUAUGCAAAAACUACCCUGGGGCGCCUGUUUAUGGUCUUCUUCAUCCUUGGUGGUUUGGCCAUGUUUGCCAGCUACGUCCCUGAAAUCAUAGAGUUAAUAGGAAACCGCAAGAAAUAUGGUGGUUCCUAUAGUGCGGUUAAUGGGAGAAAGCAUAUUGUGGUCUGUGGUCAUAUUACCCUCGAAAGUGUCUCCAACUUCCUCAAAGACUUCCUACACAAGGACAGGGAUGAUGUCAAUGUAGAAAUUGUUUUUCUCCAUAAUAUUUCCCCUAAUCUUGAGCUGGAAGCCUUGUUCAAACGUCAUUUUACCCAAGUAGAGUUCUACCAGGGAUCUGUUCUCAACCCUCACGAUCUGGCCCGAGUGAAGAUCGAGUCAGCAGAUGCCUGCUUAAUCCUUGCCAACAAAUACUGUGCAGAUCCUGAUGCAGAAGACGCCUCCAACAUCAUGAGGGUCAUUUCUAUCAAGAACUACCAUCCCAAGAUCCGAAUAAUCACACAGAUGCUACAAUAUCACAAUAAGGCCCAUCUGCUGAACAUUCCAAGCUGGAACUGGAAGGAAGGUGACGAUGCUAUCUGUCUGGCGGAGCUGAAGGCAGGCUUCAUUGCCCAGAGUUGUCUGGCCCAGGGCCUGUCGACCAUGCUAGCCAACCUCUUCUCCAUGAGGUCCUUCAUUGAGAUUGAGGAGGACACAUGGCAGAAGUAUUACCUUGAAGGAGUGGCUAAUGAGAUGUACACAGAGUAUUUGUCCAGUGCCUUUGUAGGCCUCUCCUUCCCCACUGUCUGCGAGCUGUGUUACGUGAAGCUGAAGCUGUUGCUUAUUGCCAUUGAGUACAAGUCCGAGCAGAGAGAGAGCAGAAGCCGAAAGCGCAUCCUCAUCAACCCGGGCAACCAUGUCAAGAUGCAGGAGGGAACACUGGGAUUCUUUAUCGCUAGUGAUGCCAAAGAAGUAAAGAGAGCAUUUUUCUACUGCAAAGCUUGUCAUGAUGACAUCACAGACCCCAAACGGAUCAAGAAGUGUGGCUGCAAACGACUGAUUUAUUUAAUGGAUGAAGUUAGACCAUCUAUUCAAAACCAAUCAGUUAAAUCCACCGGCUGCAACUCAACCUCCAUCACCUCAAAUGCAUUCCUUCCCAACGCCCUGCACCCCAACCAGGACCCCCUGGUCAAUCUGGGCACACACAUCCCUCUUGUUAAUAACCGUAAAGGAAGCCUGCUCCCCGUGGGGCCGGGGCCCAGGGCUGACCCCUCGCAAUUGCGCCUCAGUAUCUCCGGUCCAGGAGACGUGGCGGCCAGAUCCCUGGCUGAGAGUCGACUGAACCGGGCCCGCAGUCUGCCGGUGAAAUACCGCUACCACCCCAGUAAUGCCAUGCUGCUCAGUCACAGUAGGCACUUUGAAGACGAGCAUCCAUCAACUCUCUCGCCCAAAAAAAAGCAGCGCAAUGGAGGGAUGCGAAACUCACCCAACUGCUCGCCCAAAAUGAUGAGUCGGCACGACCCUCUUCUAAUUCCUGGAAAUGAACAAAUUGAGAACAUGGACAUGAACGUGAAGAGGUAUGACUCGACAGGGAUGUUUCACUGGUGCCCUUCAAAAGACAUCGAAAAAGUCAUCCUGACCCGGAGUGAAGCCUCCAUGACAGUACUGAGCGGCCAUGUAGUGGUCUGUAUAUUUGGGGAUGUCACGUCCGCUUUAGUGGGGCUGCGAAACUUGGUGAUGCCUUUAAGAGCCAGCAACUUCCAUUACCACGAGCUAAAGCCUAUAGUUUUUGUGGGCUCGCUGGAUUACCUGCGGAGAGAGUGGGAAACUUUACACAACUUCCCCAAGGUCUCCAUCUUACCCGGUACACCAUUAAGUCGGGCAGAUUUAAGGGCUGUCAACAUCAACCUCUGCGACAUGUGCGUAAUACUGUCAGCCAAUCAGAACAAUAUCGAAGAUGCCUCACUGCAGGAUAAGGAAUGCAUCUUGGCAUCACUCAACAUCAAAUCUAUGCAGUUUGAUGACAGCAUUGGGGUCUUACAGGCUAAUUCCCAAGGUUUCACGCCUCCUGGAAUGGACAGGUCAUCUCCAGACAGCAGUCCAGUACAUGGCUUUGUGCGUCAGGCUUCCGUCACCACCGGAUCCAACAUCCCCAUCAUCACCGAACUAGCUAAACCUGGCAAACUACUGCCAUUGGUUCCACUCAGUCAGGAAAAAAAAAGUGGAACCAACAUACAAAUGAUAACAGAGCUGGUGAACGACUCAAACGUUCAGUUCCUGGACCAAGAUGAUGAUGACGACCCAGACACAGAGCUGUACCUCACUCAGCCCUUCGCCUGCGGCACGGCCUUCGCUGUCAGUGUACUCGACUCCCUGAUGAGUGCGACGUACUUCAACGACAACAUCCUUACACUGAUUCGGACGCUGGUCACGGGAGGAGCCACACCAGAGCUGGAGGCGCUGUUGGCCGAGGAGAACGCUCUCAGAGGAGGCUACAGCACACCGCAGACGCUGGCCAACAGAGACAGGUGUCGCGUUGCCCAGCUAGCCCUCUACGACGGCCCAUUUGCUGACUUGGGGGAUGGUGGCUGCUAUGGGGAUUUGUUCUGUAAAGCGUUGAAGACGUACAACAUGCUGUGUUUCGGAAUCUACAGAUUAAGAGACGCUCACAUCAGUACACCGACCCAGUGCACAAAACGAUAUGUGAUCACAAACCCCCCAUACGAGUUUGAGCUGGUGCCCACAGACCUGAUCUUCUGCCUCAUGCAGUUCGACCACAACGCUGGCCAGUCCCGGACAAGCUUAUCCCACUCUUCCCACUCCUCCCAUUCCUCCAGCAAAAAGAGCUCCUCUGUGCACUCCAUCCCUCCCUCCAACCGGCAGAACCGCAGCAGCAAGACCCGGGAGGCCCGCGACAAACAGAAUGCAACAAGGAUGAAUAGAAUGGGCCAAGAAAAGAAAUGGUUUACAGAUGAACCAGAAAAUGCCUACCCACGGAACAUUCAGAUCAAGCCCAUGAGCACUCACAUGGCCAACCAAGUCAACCAAUACAAAUCCACUAGUAGUCUGAUUCCACCAAUCAGAGAAGUUGAAGAUGAAUGCUGAACACCAGGUUUCCUUGCUGACUCACUAGACAUCUAUACGCUCUUUCAAAAGAGACGGGAAGAGAUCACCAGUGGAGGAGUGUUGAUGAUAUCGACAGUGAUGCUGAAGACUGACACAUUUCUCUUCACUCAUUCUUCUAAUCAAGGGUUGGACAGGAACCCAGACUGGAAGGGACCUCCUAUGUGUAUACCUUUAAUGUUACUUCCAUGCUCUUGGACAUUGUUUUAUUUAUUAAUGUAUCCAUAGAGAUGUACAUAAUGACAAUCAAAUAAGGAUUGUACAGCCCCUUUCCCCCUAGCACUUUUUGGAAUUAUUUUAAGAGUUGACAAAAAAAGAGUACUUCCUGUAAUUCUUUGCAAUACUUCACCUCUUCAUGUGACCAGACUCCAUGGCUAAGGUGACUGGUUAUUGGAGGAUGAGGGUUGCAGCGAUAAACUGAUCAUAUCAUCUCCCAAAGAUUCACCCAGAAGUGUCACAUCAAACCAGCUGGGUUCAUCGGCGUCAUAUCUCCUGUCUGCUUCGGUUCUAUUUGCACUAAAACUGAACAAGCUUCUUUUGACAGAACAACUGGAAACAUCAGACCCCCACCCCAAUAAAAUGUCUCUGAGGAGAUGGUGGAGAGAAGGGAGGAAGGAAGGAAGGAAGGAAGGAAGGGCUGCUUGGCUUCGGAGGCAUACUAAUCUUGAUCUUGGUUUGUUCUAUAUCACGUCAUUGCUUAAAGUUUGCUGUUUCACCUUGACUCAUGCUGAGUGAGAGCAUUCCAGGUCUGCAGAACAAAAUCAUCUUGCAAAACAAUAAUCUAAGAACUCAGAGAAUGGCGCAGUGUUGGUGUAUGCUGGCUGAAAGAGAACCCUGUACCUACAUGUAUUCUGCUGAUACAUCAGAAAACAAAAGGCUGUGACUCCGUUUCAAGCUCGCAUGAUAUGUGCCUGAGCCCCAUUCAUAACAGAUACAGUGUGGUUAAUUUGCCUGAAUACAUGAGAAGGAUGAAAAAAACAACCUGCCCCAUCCUUCGUGCAUUCAGGGGUGUUUAUGUACACGCUCUGUGUAUGUGUGUGUGCGCGCAUCGCAGCCACUUGCCCUCCUGGUGUUGCGCUUAUCAGUGCCGUCACCCACCCCUCUAUUGGUUUGUAUGUGAUGGUGCACCUUUGAAGGAACAGCAUGUGGGAUUUUAGCUCUAAAAAAAAAAUUACGUCAUGGUAGAAACAAACACUAAGAUUGUCUACAGGAUUUGGAUCUACUAACAAAGACAUUAAGUUGCAUCCAAAAUCCCCAACUAUGAUUGAGCGGACCUAACAAAAGCAGCAGCAGCAGCAGCAGCAGCAGCAGCAGCAGCGUGCCCACUCUAAACGCAUUGCCGUGAUAUCCACGGCAGAAUUGGGAUCACAAAGAAGAGUGGUGUAUUUUAUUUAUUUUUUUCAUGUUGUGUCUGUUACAUAAAAGUUCAUGUUUGAGGAUAAAAAUGCCACAUAUUGCAUAAAAGUGGGCAUAGAUGGGCCCUCCUUUGAUCAGAGCAACUGCCUGGCACAGGGUUGGCACAGAGGCAGUAAAGAGCUUGGAUGUUCUCUGGUGCCAAUCCAGAUGUCACAUGCCUCAAAACUCUCAGGAGUUACGCUGCUGUGUUCGGUCCACUAACAUGCGGAAAUGCUCAAGCAUAGUUGGUGGAAAUGCAACAAUGCCAUAGACUGCUCAUAAGGACAUUAUAAGAACCUGUGUUCUUCACUCUAGUGCAGGCUCAUUUUGCACAUGUUAAGGUCACUCAUAGAUCCAAAUCCAGGUGUGGCAAGAAUGGAGGAUUGACCUGGUAGCUUUGUACUCCUAAUAGUAAACUUCAUACAAAUAUGUAGUUGGAUUUAAACAUUAUUAUUUUAUAUCCACAAACAUUAUCAAUUUGUACUUAUUUUUCUAGUCAAGAAUUAAGUGGAAAAGUAAUCUAGGUGAUACAGGCUCAAUUAAUAUCUUUAAUUACAAUUACAUAUCAAAUGAUUUUAUGUUUGACUAAAUCACUAUUUAUUUCACAUUAUAUUAAAACAAAGGAUUAUUUUUUUAUCCCCCUUUGCCCCUCUUUAACAAGCUGCAUCACUCUGGAGCUAAUAAAGCUUAGACUAGCUUGCAUUUUGAAACCAUCAUCUUCAGCCUGGCAGCUCGGCUCUGUUGAGUGCUUGUAGGAAUAAUUUUAGGCUCAUCUGAAGCCUCCUUUAGUUGCACAGAUACAGUGUCUACUAAAUAGUGUGUCUACUAAGCGUCCCUAGCUAGGGGUAAAUGUAUUUAAUUUGAGAGCAAAUUAGAGUGGUACAAAUAAUGAGAAUAAUAUAUAGUUGCUCCCACUGUGUGCAGGCCAGAAGUGAAUGACCUUCAUUAUACAUGUUUGACCUAAAUUAGGUCCCUAGUGUGGAGGAAGAGUGUGUACACGACAGCACAGUGUGCUGGUGUUUUCCACAAAGUAUGAUUUCAAAGACAUGACAGGGAGACGCUGUCUGUUUAUUGCAGAUAUCCUCUUCUGUAGGUUGUAAAGGAAAAGUCAUUCUAAAAAUAGAAGCCAAUUUUGGAACAUGAAAAAGAUUAUAUUGUGCUAAAUAUGUUUGUGUAAACUCAACCCAUUAUAUAGACCAUUUCUUUCUCAAACAAAAUGAUCUGAGCUUCAAUGUCCGUCUAUUGGGUGUGGUGCAACUAUACUGAAGCCUCAUACACAUUGUCCUGAAGUGAACUUUUGAACUGUGAUUACAUCGUUGUCACACAUUGUAGCAAAUAGAUUUCUUUUCAGAAAAUAUGUGAGUAAAAUGUAUGUAUAAUUGGGUUGUUAAUGGCAUACUUGCUAGACUGGACAAUAAGGAAUUAUUAAUAUUUGAUAAUGGCAAUGACUCCUUAUACAUAGAAUCGACAAAUUGAUUGUUAUGUUUAAAAAAAAGACAAACAUGUAUCUGGAAAAUGAAAGAUCUUGGAUUCUUGUAGGAAUGCGGAGACUAUUCAAGUACUGUAUGUGACACAAGGAAAAGUCAGGCGGAAUUUGAUCUGGUUUAACAGCCAUUACUAAGAUGUAAGGUAGCACCAAUUCAGCAAUUGUUAUCAAAAGAGAGAACAUCCUUAGUUUUCCUGUUUUAUUACUUUGUGUUAUUACAGGGUUUACAUUCCAUUUUGUCAGCUUGUCAUUAUCUGUCAUAAACUGUCACCACUGCUUCUUAUUUGUUUACAGAGUAUUUUCGAGGUACUUAAACACAGCACUGCACAGAAAUAACACGGUACAUGCUGCAAACUGGCAUUAACAUGAACUCACAAAGUAAUGCACCAUUUAUUUUCAUUAUACUUGAUUACUGUGCUUUUUCUACCUGAACCAUCAUUGUGCAAAUCAUUCAGGCUGGCAUUAUUCACAACAAUGGACUGAGAUGUCUCUCCUUCCUACACCUUUUCAAAUGUCUCUGUUAGAUGUUUUUAGGUCUUUGCAUUGUAUACCUCUAAAGUUUUUAGAGUGUUUUGAAGUGCCAUGAAUUGUUUAGUUAAGCAAAGCAUCCUUCAGUCAUUCAGGGACACAGGCUCACUUUAAGGGAGUCAAGUCCAGGCGUUUUUUGUUUUUUUUUUACACUGUGAGAACAGUGUCUCUUACUGACAUGGAGAACAUCCAAGCCAUCAAUGCCUCCAUGCCAGUAUGGUGCCAGGCAGUGCAGAAGGUCAAGAGGAGGGCCCAUAUAAAGUCCCACUAAAGCGAAAAGUGGCAUUCAGGAAGCCUGAGGGGCUGUUGGGGAAGACGGACACAAGCUCCAGUGGCCGAACCACACAUAUCAUCUCUGCUGUGUGCUUGGUUACAGAUUAUCAGGUUGUGUCGAGUAGUGUAGUGAGAUAUGGAUGACUGAAAGAUGCACAUACAGGCCCGUGCCUGUAACAUCAGAUGUGCCGUUUUCCACUGAACAAAUCAAAGAGUAUGAUGCGUCACAUGUUACUGUUAAAGUAUGUAUUAUUAUUAUUUUUGUUAAUCUAUUUUUUGCUGUAAAGGAUGGAUAUAAUAACUUAUUUGCUGGGAAUUGUACUAGAUAUAUAAGAAUAUAAAAUACUUAUGGGGGAUGGGAGGUGGGUCUCAAGUCUUAAUAAUACAUUAAAAUUGCAUUCAGCAAUUUUUUUAAAGAAAAGUUGCGAUUUUUUUGUUUGUUUUUUUUGGCUGCCUAUCAGUUCAGGAAGAAUUCAGGCUAUUGCUCUUGCGUAUCACAGAUAUGAUUUGAUGGCACAUCAUCAUUGCAGGAAACAGGAGUUUGACAUAGCAGUCUAAUUAGUUUGGAUGUGUUCUAGAUAUGAUGGAUAAAUGGAUUAUUUGAUGGUGCUGAGUUGAUCUACCUGACUCUGUCAAAUAUAAUCUGCUGAUAAAUAUACUGUCUUGUACAAAAAGUUUGUACAUAGAUUGUACAUGAUUUCUUUUUGUAUUUUCUCAAAUUAAAAUGGAUGUAUUUGUGUUCUAAA